AUGAAUAAAACAAAUAACAGUAUUAAAGAUUUACAGCUUAGACUUCUCAUUUCUGAAUCCGAAAAGUAAGUAGCUCAAUAAAAGUUAAAUGACAUCAAGCGUAGUGAAAGGGCUAAACCUAGCUAAUCCUUUUUUGCACUAUCCAAAGAUGAAGCUAAAAGAAAGGACAAAGUAGGGAAACUGCUAAUAGAAUUAAUGAAUUUGAUUGCUACUAAUAAUUCUCUACAGUGCAUGCUUUAAAUAAACUCAUUGGAAAACAUGAUGAAAAUGUUCGAUCAAGGAAAAUGCUAUAAGCUACUUAAGAAAAUUAUAAAGCCCUUUACUUUACUAAUUACAUAUUUACUAAAUACUAAUAUAACAGAAACCAUGAGUGUGAAAAGUGAAAAUUAAACACUUCAACAUCUGAGUAAUUAUAAUUCAGUUCAAGCUGGAAUUCAAACUCCAGUGUCUUAAGUGAUAACAAUCAAUUCUAAUAACAUGCAUAACCAUAAAACUUCAUUGCCUAGCUCUAUUGCUUUCAAGCCUCCAAGUGAAGCUACUACGCCUGAGAAAAGCGUGAAGUAGGCUCCCAUCUCAUAGCCACAAUAAAAAUAAACUAUAACGCAAUCUAAAGGCAUAGGGAAAACGCAAAAACCUAUAUCAAGAAGGACAGCCACCAGUAAGAUGAAUACUUGUGGAGAUUGA